GUCGUGUCGCCGCCAUCUCGUCCUCGACGACCCCGAUGAGGGACACUUGACCUGCCAGAUCCAGGAUAUCGCUCCGCCCGCGAGCAAGGAGCACGCAUACGUUCCAGAUGGGGCCGGCGAAGACGCUGCGAAGCGGCUCGCCGAGGCCGAGGCAACCUCGCGCCUUGAGCUGCGAGAGCUCGGCCAGCCGGCGCAGGUCCGGCCAGCUUGUUCGUCGCCAGCGCCUCACAUCCUCUGCGAUGGCAGCCCGCCUCCUUCUCUCUGCCCCUCACUCCCUCUCCCCUCUCCCUCUCUUCGCUCCGCGCUCGUGCAAACGCUGUGAUCCUUCAGUGGACACAAGCCUGGCCCGGUGCCGCUUCUUCCUCCUUUCCUUAGAUCGACCAGCAAGUCGCAAAGCUGGCCGACAUGGAGCUCUCUCCUGCCACGACGCUGAGCUGGCCGCGCGAUGCCGACUACACGCUCGACGAGGCGUAUGCCGCAGUGCAGAGCAUGAUGUGGUCGCUCUUCUUCGGCCUGCUCUUCGCGUGGGCGCUGUCGGCCAUCCUGACGCUCCAAGUCUACACGUACUUCACGCGCUUCGCCGAGGACCGCCUGGUGCUCAAGUGCUUCGUCGGCCUGCUCGCUGCAAUCGAGACGGGCGCACUGAUCUUCAUCACGAUUGCGGGCUACAAGAGCAUCAUCGUCGACUGGGGCCACCUCGGCCGCUGGGACGGCAAGACAGCCGGUCUGAUCCUGCUGAACGUGAUGGUCUCGGCGCUCGUACACGCCCUGUACGCCUGGCGGCUGUGGCAUCUGAUGAGCACGACGCUGCGUGGCCUGCUCGUCUGUCUCAGCAUCGUGAUCUGCAGCGUGCUGGGCAUCAUCGUCUGCGCCUGUGUCGUCGCGCUGCGCCUGUACACGGGCGAUGCAGCGUUUGAGUCGAGCAGUCAGCUGCCUCUGCAGCACAUAUGGCUCGCCUUCACUACGAUCGCAGACGUGAUCACAUGCGUGGCGAUGUACAGCCGCUUCGCCGACAUUCGCACGACAGGCUCGCACAGCACGAUCAUGCAGAGGAUCAUCUUGGCGCUCAUCCCAGGCGGGCUGCUGGCGGCCAUCCUCACCGUCAUCCUGAUCAUCGUCGAGGCCACGGUCGGCAAUGUCAGCAGCACUCUGAGCCGCAACCUAACGCUCGACCGCGAGCUCACUCUCUUGCUCUGCGUGCUGCACCUGAUCUACAGCAACAGCGUCGUUCUCUGCUUCAAUCUGCGCGCCAAGCGCAGCAAGUACACGGUCGGCCUCUUCGGCGAGCAUCGUAAGUCGCCGCUGCAGGUCAAGAUCGUCACGCAGUCGACUCGCUAUCCGCCAUCGAUGGGCAACGAGUCGGAUCAGCUGAGCGGCACGGGCACCGACAUGGUUCCCACAACGCCCGACUCCAGUCUCGGCCACGGCAAGAAGAGCUACCUGCAGCGCGUCGACAGCGAGAACAGUCCUGCGUGUCCGUCCAGCAGCCCGCUCGCCGUGCCCGUGCGCAGCGGCAACGGCCUGCCCAAGGUCGUGUCGACGGGCGAGAUGAGCCUGACGGAGCGCGAGAGCGGCAAUCGCCGCGAGUCAUCGCGCCGCACGCAGCAGGGCGCCAGCCUGGGCACGCAGCACUCGCGCGGAUCGGCCACGAGCCUGCCGCAGAGCUUCGAGCUCGACGAGCGCUGCUCCAGCGACCUCGAGGCGGCCAAGACGCGAGACGGCACGCUGGUGCCGACGCUCAGCUUCUGAGUUCUGGCUUCACCGCCAUCGCCGGACCCCAGCCGCACCUCUACAUACCGCAGUCCUCCUUCUCGUCACUAUGUCCUGGCCCGUUUCCCACUCCUGUCCGACUCCUCUCGUCGCUACCCACCGCUCGCUCGCGGCCGGCGCACCCCGCCGCCAGGCCCCCGGCUUGAGCCUUCUCUCCUUCUCGAAGCUGUCACCUCGCGCUGUCGCUCAAGCACAGCCCAUUCGCCGGCGGAUGUC